ACGUGGCUAUGCAUUGACACGCAGCAAUCUUGACACGUGGCAAUCUUGACAUGCCGUUUUGCCUUGACACGUGGCGAUCUUGAUGACCUGAACAGGUAUGGCGAAAGACGAACAAGACGUUAAGCAUCCUCUUAGCCAAGCUGGUACCCCGUGUACAGGGCAGCCAUCUUCAGCAGCGCCAGGAGCAGCACACCCUCUUUCAUCCACAGGACACCAACCAUCUUCUGCCGCCGGCGCCACAGCAGCAGCAGCAGCAGCAGGAGGAGGAGGAGGAGGAGGAGGUGGUACAGUUACCUCUGCAUCAGCGGCAGCAAUAAAAGGAGGAGGAGGAGGAGGAGGAGGAGGAGGAGGUAGAGUUACCUCUGCAUCAGCGCCAGCAACAAAAGGAGGAGGAGGAGGAGGAGGAGCAGGUGCAGUAGGGGGAAUGGCUCCUUACGUACUCCGUCAUAAUCUUGUAGGCCAUCGCAAAGCGGUGUCAAGCGUGAAGUUUUCUCCCGAUGGGGAAUUCAUUGGCAGCGCCUCGUCGGAUAAAACCGUUCGGUUGUGGAAUUCCGCAGAUGGCACGUUCGAGGCCUCUCUGGAAGGUCAUUCUGAAGGCAUAUCUGAUCUUGCUUGGUCUACAGAUUCGCAGUAUCUUUGUACUGCGUCUGAUGACAAGACGGUUCGGUUAUGGGAUGUGAAAAGGCGGGAAGUGCUGAAGAUACUCAGAGGGCAUACGAAUUACGUGUUCUGUGUGAAUUUCAAUCCGCAGAGUAAUGUUGUUGUGUCGGGAUCGUUCGACGAGACGGUUCGAUUAUGGGAUGUGAAAACCGGAAAGUGUCUGAAGACCUUGCCAGCGCAUUCAGAUCCCGUUACAGCUGUGCAUUUCAAUCGGGAUGGCUCGUUGAUUGUUUCAUCCAGUUAUGAUGGGCUAAUUAGGAUAUGGGACACGGCGACGGGUCACUGCCUCAAGACUUUGAUCGAUGAGGAAAAUCCCCCAGUUUCGUUUGUCAAGUUCUCACCCAACGGUCGAUUUAUUUUGGCGGGAACUCUCGACAGCACUCUGAGGCUAUGGGACUAUGCGAACGGCAAAUGCUUGAAGACAUACACCGGUCACGAGAACAAGCAGUUCUGCAUCUUCUCCACCUUUUCAGUGACCAGUGGCAAGUACAUUGUCAGCGGCUCCGAGGACAAUCUGAUCUACGUGUGGAAUCUACAGUCCAGAGAAGUUUUACAAAAGCUCGAGGGGCAUACCGACACCGUGCUGACUGUGGCCUGUCACCCCACGGAGAACAAGAUCGCCUCAGGGGGCCUGGAAAAGGACAGAACAGUGAAGGUAUGCGCUGGGACAUUGCAUGGAACAGCUUGUUGCGCAUGUCCGCCGGGAUGUCCAACGGAACGACCUGGGACCAAGAGAUAUGAGCAGCGUGAGCAGUUUACGAUAAGGUUCGGAAGAGCGACGGAAGCAGACGGGGUGGAAGAUAGGGUACUGGGAAUGCGCAGGGAUAUUGAAUGUGGAGCAGCGGACAGGCUAGGUUCGGAAGAGGGUUAGAACUUAGACGAGGAGCGGACAGUUAAAAAGAAGUAAUGGUUGGUACCUGGACUGCUCGGGGACAUUGCAUCGAGCAAGCCCGUGCGCAAGAUGCCAAAUGGAACAACCUACCUACAGUCGACCCCCGAAUAGAACGCAUGGUGACUGUCGACCGUGCGUUUUUUUCGGGGGAGGGAGUUGUUCGAUUGAUUCGACAUCUCGGACGACCGUGCGUUUUAUUCGGGGGAGGGAGUUGUUCGAUUGAUUCAACAUCUCGGACGACCGUGCGUUGUAUUUGGAAGAGAGCCGGACGCGUUGAAGAUAUGGUUGGUUGGUUGGUUGGUUGGUACCUGGAAUGAUCAGGGGACAUCGAAUGGAACAGUCCACGAUGGGUGCAAGUCCUGUCUAGACAGUCAUCCCGAGUAGACUGCUGGCGCGCUAUGUUCUGAUUCAUCCCCCCUCGAACAGAGAACGUGGACAUCAUUCCCCCGGGGCUGUGCUGAAGGCUUUUUUGUCGGCGGGGACAAUAAUGAUGCGGAUGCGUCCUAUUCGGGAGAAGCAUCGUAGCCUGGCUGGCAUAUUGGAGUGGUUUUUACUCUAUCCAAAUCAACACACUUGCGAUGAUUGUAAAACGUUUUACUGACAACAUAGUUACCUGUGAUGAUGACAGUGAUGGGGAUUUGGAGGAGGAGAGGAUGAGGCAAGCAGAGAAUUGGGGAGGGAGGUAAUAGUGGAGACCAGAUUGAGAGAUCUCUGGAUUGGACGGGAAACAUGUGCAAAGUUGAGGACGGAGAGAACAAAUAUGUGUGUACGGAGAGAGAGAGAGAGAGAGAGAGAGAGAGAGAGAGAGAGAGAGAGAGAGAGAGAGAGAGAGAGAGAGAGAGAGAGAGAGAGGAUGCAGUUUCAUAUAGUGGCUGAUGCCGUUGUUGGUGUCAUGACAUAAUUAAUGUGCAUCGGUUGUGCAUGGAAGAGAGUAUAAGGGGCGUAGUCUUCUUGGAUCAGAUGUUCGCGUGCUGUCUGAGCACUGUUUUUUUCUUGCCUGUGGAUGUGCACCCUUCUUAUACACAGAAAAGGGAGAAGAUAUGGGGAGGGAGCCUUUCAGCUGGUACAGCGGUACUUCUUCCCCUCUGCGUGGUGCUCGAAGAGUUUUUUUCAUUCGCCAAGAUAAUUCAGUUUUUCCAGCGCCCAUUGUGUUGACAUCAUGGUCCUUCCAUCAUGGUAUAUAUAUAUGCCUUUUGGGGUAAAGGACUUAGGAAGCUAGGUUACUUACCCCUUCUUUCCUUUUUUGGUAAAAAUAGGUAGGUAGGUCACCUGGCUGUUCAUGGAAGGAAGGCUAGGCACCACCUUUCUUCUUCUUCUUUCUUCUUCUUCUUCUUCUUCUUCUUUCUUGCCCUUCUUUUUCCUUGUCCCUUUUUUUUUUUUUCUUCCUUGUCCUUUUUUACCUGUUUUUUUGGUUCUGUUGUAGACUUCCUAGUCUGUCAUCCAGUUUCAGAUGCUGGCCUGGCUUUUUGUAGUAUGGUGUGAAAAAAGCCGAACAGGUCAGAUGGCGCAGUUUGGAGGGGAGGGAUGAAAAGAGAGUGACGAAAUGGGGGUGGAAUUGUGGAGAGAGUUAUGGAAGUUCAGAACUUGAGGGUGAAUGAGGGUUGGUUGCAGCCGCAUUUGGAUUUUUGACAUUUUUUUUUUCAUGUUUUCGGUAGGAAUCCUUUUUUGGCGAUUCCUAAAUGCAUAGUUAAAAAAAACAAACACUUUUCCAGUUU